UGGGCAGUAUAAUUAGUAUUUCCUUUGUUUGAAACAUUUAUAAUAAUAUGAAAGCUGUCAAUCCAAUGACAACAGACAUAUAUGUCAAAUUGUGAAAUCUGUGUGAAAUGUGUUGAGCGUUCGUGUUUUUAUUUGUUGUGUAUUUUGCAAUUGAAAUAAACGGAAGUAUUACAAAACCCAUUCACAAUGGCUGGGGAGCAGUCAGAAGCACAGCUCCAAAUCAGAUUUGUGACAAAACAGGAGAAAUAUGCUGUACCAGAUAGUCCAUAUGCCAUACAAAGUAGCGUCCAGUCUGCCGAAUUAAAUAACUUGGUCAAUGCAAUACUCAAAGAAACCGCGCCUACGAUCGAAAAGGCGGUAGUAUUUGAUUUUUUAGUUUGCGGAGAAUUACUAUGCACAACACUAGCAGAGCAUUUGCAGCAAAAAGGCGUAUCUACUGAAGAAACGUUGGAUAUUGAAUAUUUGGAGAGGUUUCCUGCUCCUACUCCGCAAGACUGUUUGAUGCAUGAUGAUUGGGUUGCAGCUGUACAUACGCACAAUAAUUGGAUUCUCUCAGGUUCUUACGAUAAUAGUAUACAUAUUUGGAGUACAAAAGGACAGCAUAAACUAGCUAUCCCUGGACACACAUCUCCAGUCAAAGCGGUGUCAUGGGUUUCCUUUAAUGGGGAUCAAGCAGUCUUUGCUAGUGGCUCGCAUGAUCAAUCAGCGAUGCUCUGGGUGUGGAAUGUCCCACGCAACUCAGUUGACUGUGUGGUCACAUGCCGUGGCCAUGAGAAAGGAGUGGAAUGUUUGUCAGUAUCAGCGGAUGCCAACAGAUUUGCCACUGGCAGUUGGGACAAUAAUAUAUGCCUCUGGAGCACUAGUUUAUCUGAUGAAGACAAUGUACCAGCGAAGAAAAGGAGCAAACCUGAUCAUGGAAAUACUAGAGAACCGCUGACUACAUUGAAAGGACACAGAGAAGCGGUCUCUGGUGUGCAAUGGAUGGACUUCAACACAGUUGUAUCAAGUGGAUGGGACCAUCUGUUAAAACUUUGGGAUUGUGAACUUGGUGGCAUCAAACAAGAAAUUGCAGGUAACAAAGCAUUUUUCGACGUAGACUGGUCGCCUGUAAACAACAGCCUUAUUACUGCUUCCGCAGACAGACAUAUACGACUCUACGAUCCCAGAUCAACAGAAAGUAUCGUAAAGACGACAUUCACGUCGCACACCGGCUGGGUGCAGUCAGUGCGGUGGUCCAAGACGCGCGACACGUUGUUCCUCUCCGGUGGAUAUGACAAUCAAGUGAAGCUGUGGGAGACUAGAAGUCCAAAAACGCCGCUAUACGAACUCAGCGGUCACGAAGAUAAAGUGCUGUGCUGUGAUUGGUCGAACCCAUCCCUCCUUAUCAGUGGUUCAAGUGAUAACACACUUAGAAUUUUCAAGUCGAAACACGCCGUAGAAAACGCCUGAAAAUAUGUUUCGGAUAAUCUGAUUCUCAAAUGAUGUUCUUGUAGCAAAAUGGUACUAUGCUAUUUCAUCAUCUUUGGAAUAUUGAUUUUUUUUAUAGUAAUAAAGAUGUUAUUGUAAUGA